AGGAGGCGAACCUCCCUCCGCCGCAGGAGACCAAUGAGAGCUCGGCUCCUGAGUGAAGUGCUCCUUUAAAGCCUGAGCCUCUGUGACCGACGGUGGAUCCAAACUGACAGAUCAUCUACUCCACCGACAACUGCUCAACAAGUCAUGGAGCACUCCAAACUCACUCAGUACACGACCAAUGACAGUGGGAGCAGUGGAGAGAGCGGCUCCGCGCUCAACGGUCACUUUGACGACAUCAUUAAGCGACCAGACGCUCUCACCCGCACCGUCUCCGCUGUACCGGCUCUGGCCGCAGAGUCCGGCUCUCGGUCCACGGACGGGAGGGAGGACCGCACCAGGAGCGCUGAGGACAGUGAGAAGAGCCUGCCGUCCCUGGCUGCAGCCUACACCUCUAUCCUGCGGGGGCUAGGAGAAGACCCGCAGCGGCAAGGGCUCCUGAAGACCCCGUGGAGAGCAGCCACAGCAAUGCAGUUCUUCACCAAGGGCUACCAGGAGAAGAUCGCAGACAUCCUAAACGAUGCCAUCUUUGAUGAAGACCACGAUGAGCUGGUAAUUGUCAAAGACAUUGAUAUGUUCUCCAUGUGUGAACAUCACCUGGUGCCUAUUUUUGGCAAGGUUCACAUUGGUUACCUCCCCAAUAAGCGAGUACUAGGACUUAGUAAGCUGGCCAGGAUUGUUGAAAUUUAUAGCAGGCGACUUCAAGUCCAGGAGAGGUUGACCAAACAGAUCGCUGUGGCCAUCACUGAAGCACUGCAGCCCACUGGUGUCGGUGUCAUUAUUGAAGCCACCCACAUGUGUAUGGUGAUGCGUGGCGUUCAAAAGAUGAACAGUACAACUGUUACCAGUACAAUGUUGGGAGUUUUCAGGGAAGAUCCAAAAACCCGCGAUGAGUUUCUGAGACUGGUUAGAAACUGAGGAGGAGGACGAAACUUCUUCUUCUCCCUCUCAUCCUACUCUUUCACCUCCAGUUGCCUGGGUUACUUCCCAAUGCAUUGAGCAUGUGUUUAUCCAGUGCAUGAGUGUGUGUGUGUGUAUGUGUGCCUGUGCGUGUGUGUUUCCAUCUCAGUUGACUGUGGUGUGUCAUUCAUAUUAGGGUCAGAAUCAAUCUCUCCGUCUGUGUGGGCGGAGUCAAUCAAAGCCCACUGACAGAUGAUGUUGACCUGUUGCCUGUAAUACAGACCUCAUCUGUUUGUCCACAACGUCAGUGUGGACAUGUGUUACAGGCCAGAUGUUUACAGAAAGGAUGUCUGUCCUGAUCUCAAACACUUUGACCAGUUUUGAUAAAUAAACUGUGUACAUUUUAGAUCUCUAGUACUGCACAAAGGUCUUGGUCCUGCACUGAUGCAGGUGCUCAAGGAUAUCUCCACUCACCCUGGAAUGUUUCUAAUCAUUGUCAGUUAGUAUCUUUACACUGUGGCGUCCUGUGGACAUGUAUGUGCCUACACAUGUCCUCCUGUCCAAGUCUGUACAUUUGAGAUUUAAAAAUAUCUAAUAGACAACACUGCCAUUUCACACAUUUCUAAAAAAAAACCAAAAAAACUGAGUAGUGUAACAGACUGUCCAGGUGGUACAGUAUGAUGAAGAGUGAAUAAGUCAAUUCUUCACCUUAAAAAAUUAUCUAUUUUUUAUGCUCAAAUCAUAUUUUUUCUAAUCGUGCACAUUGAAUUACAAAAUGCAAAAAUAUAAUAUUUAAAAUUUUAGGUGGAAGUCAUUCAACCUGAGUGGCUUCCUCACAGAUUAAACAAUAACGCAGUUUAGUCAAGAGAAAAAGACAAUUAGAAAUAAAAUAAUAAUAAGCAUACAAUGCAGCUCCAAUGUAAUUGUUAUCAUUGUCCUGAUCAUGUUUCUUUAAACACCUUUGGAAAAUCAAUUUAUAUAUUGUGUUUUUGUUUUGUGUUUUGUUUAUUUACAAUAAUUUAACUACCUAUUAAAUCUAAUAUAAGUCAGAAAAGAGAAAAAAAAUGAAUUGGUGUUAAACAUUAAAAAACACACAUUUGUCUUUGUGCCAAUAAGUCUUUAUUGAAACCAAAAGCUUACUUUGCUGUAAUGUGAUUAAAAGGAAUGCUGUGUGUGGGUGGAGGGCUGGGGAGGUGGGUGAGUGUGUGUGUGUUAGAUGGGUUGUUCUCACUGACAAAAAGCUGUGACAUUGUUCUGGUGGCCUUGUUAAGAAGCGGGGCCCUUUUCUUUGGCCUCUACUGUCAUAGUCAUGACUAGUACUGUGUCCAUUUUAAAAAACUUUUUAAUCAAAACAAAUAAAUCAGUACUGUAUGUGACA